AUGUCUGACAUUUCUAUAGGAGAAAUAUAUCAGUUGGUAUUAGUAACUGUGGACAAGCUCUGUGAACAACAAAAGUUCUUCAAAGGAAUGCUGAAAAGACAGUUAAACCUGAAGCAUGCUUGCAAAAAACCCCAUCUGAAGAUAAAGUGUAGAGAUGAUAAGGAUUGCUCUUGUUCUACCAAGAGAAAAUCUCAUUAUCGCCGAUUUAGAUAUCCAAAGGGUUCUUAUUCCAGGAGAAGAUCUAGAAAGCCUUUUCUGAGAUACUUCAAAAGGCACAGGCCUUAUUCAAAGAAAUCUGAUAGGUGCUAUUUAUGCAAGAAGAAAGGACAUUUUGCAAAAAAAUGUCCUAACAAGACGAAAAAGGAUGUGAAGAUGUUGGAACACUUGCAUACUGUUCUAAUGAUUAAUGAAGAUGAAGAUAUUGAAUCUGUCAUCGAAGAACUAGAUGCUCAGGAUGAAGAAACAUAA